AUGAUCAACUUCUUCCCGCUGGUCUUCCAAAGGGUCUUUACCCCGGACCCUAUCAAAGUCGGUCUUAGGGAUCUGGGUCCGGGCAUCAGCACCACCCUGGGGGCUGUCGUUGCCAAUUCCUCCCUGUCGUGGUUCCGGGGCCACAACCGAGAGAUCCUGCUGGCCGGAUGUGUUAUCAUGACUGCAUUCGGCGGAGCUUUCGCCGCCGUGACACCGGACCGAGAAGGCCUGGCGAUAGGUCUCGGGAUAAGCACGGGCUUGGGCGUGGGGGCGGUCCUGGUACCGGCUGCCACUGUGGCCAUCACGGUGGCCCCGGACACGUCAAUUGCGACCUGUGUGGCGCUUUCACUGACUAUCCGCGCUGUGGGAGGGAGCAUUGGCGCCGCCAUCUACUACAACAUCUUCGUCAACAAGCUCAAGUCCAAACUCCCCGCGUAUGUCGCGCGGAGCGCCGUUCGAGCGGGCCUCCCCGUGGCCGGGGCGGCGGAGUUUGUCGAGGUCUUCGUAGGCGGAUCUCUCGCCGAGCUAGCCAGACUUCCCGGGGUGAACAAACAGAUCAUCGCCGCCGCGUCGUUGGCCAGCAGGUGGGCGUACGCCGACAGUCUCAAGUACAUUUGGCUGACCAGUAUCGCGUUCGGCGGCUGUGCUAUCGUCGCUUGCAUGUUCCUGGGCAAUGUCUCCAGGUACAUGACUGACCGGGUUGCGGCGAGGAUCAGAGAAUGA